GGGAUGGGGUUUAAACGGAAAUAGAGACAGACUGAAAAACAUAACGAGCAAUCAUAUGGAAUACACUGAUCUGUUUUGUAUGAGCUAGUUAAUAGAAAUUAUAACAUUUCGACAUGGUGAGCAUAUCCUGUAUGUGAGAUCGCAAAUCAUACUGACAAUAAAUACUCUAAGAACAAUCUCUACAACUACGAUAUUCCAGUAUUCACACAUGUCAAGUAAGCAACACUUUCAGGAGCCUAAACUGCAUGUUACGACUUUUGCACGACGCUAAAACAGUUAGGACAUUUUAGAAAAUAGAAAAAAAGAAAAAAGAGGUAAAGCAGUUAUAUACAUUUAAGAUAGAUGUUAGGAAGUAGCUCGAUACAAGAAAAACAAACAAACGGAAAGGCAGUUAAAAAAUACAAUGAAUGUUGUAAAUAAUAUGAAUGCAAACAAAAUCAGUCUACUUACUUCGAUGUUAACAUAUUAGUAUACAGAAUUACGGCUCAUUGGUAAUGACGCUUGUUUACUCUGGUCGGACAUGCGCCUUGCCCUUCCCUCUCCCUACCUUCCCCUGCUUUCCACACACAUAUCACUUAACGCCAAACAUCCCCUAGAGAAAGCCCAAAGACGAGAACUGGUCAUCAUCAUCCGUGCCUACAGUGAAGAUGAAGCGAUUAUCAUGCCCCCAGAGUCACGGUUUCUUCGCCCGUCUAGAAGUUCUGAGUCUAGUGGCCGACCGGUAUCCACGCAACGCAAACCCCUUCUCGUAGUCUUCUUGGGGUUUCCUUGGAGUGGAUGAAAAUCGAAGCAGAGAAGCCAGUGUGAAAAACAAUGCAGGUUGCGAUUGACUAUAUCUCGGAGAGCGUCUUCUGGCCUGUGGCGUUGCUGGUGGUUCCUCCCUGGAGUUUCGUGUGGUGGGCGGUGAUUGGAGUCGUGUUGUGGGUCGUUAAUCGUAUAAGAUACCCUUGGUGCCGAGACAAGUCGAAAAUGUUCGGCAAGACGGUCAUCAUCACUGGCGCCAACAAAGGCAUCGGGCUAGAAACGGCUCGUGAGCUGGUGACUCGAGGCGCUACCGUCAUCAUCGCCUGCAGGAGCAUGGUCAGAGGAAACGUCGCUAAAGAUGAUAUCCUGAAGAAGCUGAAGGGGAAUGCGAACGGCGGAACUGUCGAAUUGGCGUACCUUGACGUCUCCUGCAUGGCCUCCGUCAGGAAGUUCGCCGCAGCCUUCCAGGGCCGCAAGAUCGAUGUGCUGAUUAACAACGCUGCAGUUGCUGAUCUGCCUCAGCAGCUGACUGAUGAGGGUCUUGAAUUGACAGUUGCUACAAACCACCUGGGACCCUUCCUACUGACACAUCUCCUGAUGCCUGGUCUCAUUAAGGCAGGGGGCCGGGUCGUCAACGUCGCCUCCACGGGCCAUCACUGGGUCAAGAAAGCCUCCGAACUCGAUCUGGAAGGAGACCUGAAGUUCGAGUUCUCGCGUCCUUUGCGCACGCUCGAGAUCUACGUCGUCACCAAACUCAUGAAUGUUAUUUUCACCAUGGAACUUAAUAGGAAGCUUAAGGGAACUGGAGUGACGACCAAUGGCCUUCACCCCGGAGUAGUUAACACAGACAUCUUCGACCCUAUGAUUUCCCACGUCUGGUAUGGUAUCUUCAUCCGCUUCUACGUGUGGGCAUAUGCCAAGACGAAAUCCGAAGGCGCCCAGACGAGUAUUUUAGUAGCUGCUUCAGAGGGCCUCAAGGACGUCUCAGGGAAAUACUUCGAGGAUUGCAAAGAAUCCAGGCCAUCGCCACUCUCCCAGGAUGAGGGAAUCGCCAAGAAACUGUGGGAAAUAAGCGAACGCCUAGUCCAGCUGCAGCCACACGAACGCACGAUUUGAAUCCGGUCUCUGAGAUGAUUCUGUUUGUGUUCGAAUUCGUGUGAUUGGCUUCAUACCUAUUGCCAUGUAACCGAUUCGACAGAAAAUAAGGAAUAAAGACUAUGACUAUGA